AAACAACAAAACAAAGAAGGGUUGAAAAAGGAAAAAACGAGCGGGAACGUGUUUAUUUUCCUAAAAUCAAAUUAAAUACAUCGAAUUCCUGUAGUAAAGCAGUAAUUAUGAAUAGUUUUAGUGCUUCUGCACCUAAUACAUUAAGUCUCUCGUCUAGUUCAAAAUUAUUAGCACUAGAAAAGACAUUACAUCAAAGUAUCGUCAACUUUCAAGAAGUUGCUAGAGAAAUUGAAGCAUUGCACUUAGUAUCUGAGGAUUACAAAAACCAGUUUUUAACACAAAAGGAAAAAUGUGAAAGCAAACAUUGCAGUGCUUCAGAGGCACUGUCAAAGGUUAUAGAAUGUAAGGAUAACAUAAUACAAUCAGUUGCAUCGGCAGUAACAAGACUUAAUGAAACAAAAAACUUCAAUAUGAUCAAAGAUAUCUUUAAAAUACUAUGCGGAGAUUCCCCUAUUACAGUUCUUAAAGUAGAACCACAGAUUGUAAAGGAUGAAAAAAAUAAUACAUUUAAUUUUAUAACUCCAAAAAAAGAACUUGACUCCACUACAGAUAUUACUGACGUAACUAUGAAAGAUGAAUCUGUAUCAGAAAUUGAAGGCACACCUACCGGACGAACCAGUCCUAUAAUCCAGUCUAGGAAGAUGAAAAAUGGGUGUGUAUCGUCAUCAUCUGACCAUAGAGACAAAAAGAAAUGUCCUGAUAGUUGGUCUACACCAGAUUCAAAGGCGAUGAAGCUAACAUUUCCUCCCAACUCCAAACGCGGCAAGUGGAGGCAAGGCCGCCUGAGUGUCGUCACGGUGAAAUCAAACAGUGUGGUGGAUCUCACCAGUUCACCGGAGUUGAUGGCUAUGAACAAGAGCUCACAACCAGAAACUAUUGUCCAGGCGUUAGUAAAGAAAGAAUCGACAGACAACGACGACACUAUUCUACCUUCGCCAACCAGCGGACCAAAUAAUUAUCCAUCUUUAUUGAAAAACCCCAUCAAAAGUGAGAGCUUCAAAAGGCCACUAUGUUUGAAAAAUAAGUCUGAAGACAAAAUAAAUAAAUGUAACGUAGAAAAUAGUCCAAAAAAGAAAUCAACUAAAAGACAGGAAGAACCUGAUGAAUCCAUCAAUUUAUUGAAACCUGCGUUAGUAAAGAAAGAAUCGACAGACAACGACGACACUAUUCUACCUUCGCCAACCAGCGGAUCAAAUAAUUAUCCAUCUUUAUUGAAAAACCCCAUCAAAAGUGAGAGCUUCAAAAGGCCACUAUGUUUAAAAAAUAAGUCUGAAGACAAAAUAAAUAAAUGUAACGUAGAAAAUAGUCCAAAGAAGACAUCAACUAAAAGACAGAAAGAACCUGAUGAAUCCAUCAAUUUAUUGAAACCUGCCAGAUUUAUGAAAAUGUUAGACGAGAAUUCGCCAAUAAAAGUGCAACCGAUGGACGAUGAAACGCACUGCGAGAUGCCAUCCAGCUUGUCAAUACUUGAACACCACGUGUUGGCUUCGAAGGACGCUGGUGAAGCUCUGAAAGCGUUCUUCGACGAGCUAUAUCAAAACGACCACGAGAUGCUCGCCAAGAAGAUGGACGAGUGCUCCAAGCAUCGCGGUAGGAACAACCCAGCGCGCCCCAAGACUCCUGAAGGUUUCUGGAACCCGCGUUGGUCUGUGCCCAGCGAUACUGAGGAGUUUAAUAGGAGGAACAACGCUGCAAAACUUCCCGUGGAGCCCGUAUACAAAGAGCCAACUGUGAGGAAGAAAGCUGAAAAACGCGCCCUGCCCGGGUGGAGCUGUGAUGAAUGUAAAACGUUCUUCGACGAGCUAUACCAAAACGACCACGAGAUGCUCGCCAAGAAGAUGGACGAGUGCUCCAAGCACCGUGGUAGGAACAACCCCGCGCGCCCCAAGACUCCUGAAGGUUUCUGGAACCCGCGUUGGUCUGUGCCCAGCGAUACUGAGGAGUUUAAUAGGAGGAACAACGCUGCGUGACCAACCCUAGAAAAAUCAGUAAACCCCUCGAUAAAUCAGUCAAUCCCCUAUAAAAAUCAGUCGAUCCCCUAGAAAAAUCAGUCAAUCUCAUAGAAAAACUCCUCAACGAAAUCUGUUCUCAAUAGCACCGCGGACGGAACAUCCCCGCGCGCCCAAAGACUCAGGCCUCUAAAACCCGCGCUAGUCUGUGCCCAGCCAUACUGAGGAGUUUAACCGGAGGAACAACGCUGCGUGACCAACCCUAAGACAAUACUGA